AUGAUGAUGGGUGGCUACCGAACCGCGGAAACCACGGGCGAACGGGUUGUGGCAGCCGCCCAGUUCGCUCUGGCAGCCUUGGUGACCGAACAUCCCUACAAGUUUGCUGCCACAAGCACCAUGAAGGUGGUGGUGUUGAAGGCAUCUCAGCAAGUCGUGCAAGGAAUGAAUUACAAGCUGACACUGGCUAUACUACAAGAGAAUGAUUGCGUGGGUGCGUUGGAAUGCACCGUAUGGGACAAGUUUGGGGAUCUUACCGUCACGCACUGGGGAGAGGAAGUGUCGUGCAGUGAAGCCAUGGGGAUGAUCAAAAUGAAACAGCAGCAAGACACCACUGUAGAAAAAGAUCCAGAAACAUGA